UUUUCAUUAAUUGACAUUUUUAUUGUUUAGGAUGCCGAUUAUUGACAAAUUUAAAGAUAUGGGAACCGUUGUUAUGGGGAAGAUAGAGUCUGGUAGCAUCUGUGAGGGUGAUAGCUUGUUGGUCAUGCCAAAUAAGGCCCAUGUUAAAGUGCUUGCUGUAAGUUGUGAUGAGAAUAGAGUAAGACGUGCAGGUCCUGGUGAAAAUGUCCGUGUAAAACUGUCAGGGGUUGAAGAAGAGGACGUAUUGUCUGGUUUUGUCUUGUCAUGUGCUGCCAAACCAAUAGCUGCAGUUUCAGAGUUCGAUGCCCAGUUGCAGAUCCUUGAGCUAUUGGAUAAUGCAAUUUUCACUGCUGGUUACAAAGCGGUACUGCAUAUUCAUUCUGUUGUUGAGGAAUGUGAGAUUGUUGAGCUGUUGCAACAAAUUGAUCCAAAGACCAAAAAACCUAUGAAGAAGAAGGUUCUUUUUGUCAAGAAUGGUGCUGUAGUUGUUUGCCGUGUACAGGUCAAUAACUUCAUUUGCAUAGAGAAGUUCAGUGAUUUUCCACAGCUUGGAAGGUUUACUCUUCGUACUGAAGGGAAAACAGUUGCAGUGGGGAAAGUUACUGGUCUUUCAAGUACAGCAUAGUUGGAUAAUGGAACAACUCUUGAGUGCAUCUAAGUGGAAAGGAACAACCAAGUGAUGCCACAUGUGAACGCUCUUGGAUAGUGGAAUACAAGAUACUGUAAUAGCAUAGUAGAGCUUGUGCUGUGGCAGUUUUAUGAAGAGUUGGCUAAAUCUUCACUGGUUUCUAGGCUUGUGGAUGCCUGUAUUUUCUUCGGAGGCUUCAAGUUUUGAACGCUCUGGUUUUAGUAACCUGGUUUUCACAUGGGUCAUCAGAUUUCACUGGUUUAUAAGAGGACGAAUUAUCGAUUGAUUUGAGAUUACAUAUGCUGAGGUAUUAUUGCAAGUAUUAAUUAGGCUGAGUUUUCCGGAGUAACUUGUGGGCUACAUGCCCUUCCAUGUUUUAAAAUCCCAAUUGGGGGUGGUAAAUCAUUUCAUUAGUGUUAUGGUUACUAGUACUCUUCUACACCAUUUAGUAGGAGUGUUAUUUCUUACUAAUCGUGUACAACUGGCUUUAAAGAAAAUCAGCUUUGUGUAA